AUGCAAUCACGCAAUGAUCCAAAGAAUCCUCCAAAUUCUGCCACCACUACCACAACAACUACAAGUACUGCUACUACUAGCACCACCACCUCUACCAGCACCUCCACAUUAUCGGAAGAAUCUCUCAACAAUAUUCUUCAUUUAGCACUUCAACUUUAUCAUGGUAAAAAGUGUCUCUUUGUCACAGGUGCAGGUUUAUCUGUCUCGAGUGGUAUACCCACUUAUCGAGGAGAUUCAAAUUCAAUUUGGAGUAAUCAUAUUACAGAAAUGGGUACUCGAAGAAUGUUUCAAUCAAAUCCAUUGGAUUGGUAUAAUAAUUUUUGGUUACAAACUCAUCAUCGAAGAGAAUAUUUAAUUGCAAAACCUAAUGAAGGACAUUAUUCUAUUGCAAGAUUAAGUAAAUUAUGUAAUGUGAGAGUGAUUACACAAAAUAUUGAUCAUUUACAUUUAAAGACGAGUUUAUCACCGUCUAGAGUGAUUGAAGUUCAUGGACGAUUGGGUCUCUACAAGUGUGUCAAUCAAAGAAAAAAGAAUCCAUGUCCCUACUCAAAAACACUCAGUAUUGAUAAUAUUGAAAUUAUGGAUUACAUGUCGACGAAUACUUUUAAAAAAACCAACUCUUCAAAGAAACCAUCAUUCAAGAAUGAAUCAGUAUCAUCAUUAUCAACAACUACUAUUCAAUCAUCAUCAUCGACAUUUACUAUUGAAUCUGUACCUACAUGUCCCUCUUGUUGUAAACCCAUUCUACCACAAGCUCUCUUAUUUGAUGAAAAAUAUGAAAGUCAUGAUUUCUAUCAAUGGCAAAAAGCUAUGGAAUGGAUUGGAGAUUGUGAUUUGAUUGUUUUUGUUGGAACAUCAUUUUCAGUAGGUGUUACUGCAGAAUGUUUGAGUAUUGUUCAAGAACAAAAUGAAGAAUAUUUGAAUGAGAUUCAAGAAGAGGAUAAUACCAUAGAAGAAUUAUUAUCAAAUCAAGAUGAGAUGAAUUCAAUGACUAGUCAGAAUGAUGAGAGAAAUAAUUGGAAUAGUAAUAAGAAUAAUAAUAGAAUUUUUAAUAAUAAGAAUAAUAAUAAGAAUAAUAAUAGAAACAAUAUUAAUAAGAAUAAUAAUAGAAACAAUAUUAAUAACAAGAAUAAUUCUAGUAACAAGAAUGGUCCUAUCAUUAAUACAAAAAGAAAACUCAUGUAUAAUUUUAAUAUGAGAUUGGAUGAAGAAGUGAAAGAUUUAGAUGCCAUGUAUCAUGUCAUUGGAAGAUCAGAAUUUACUUUACCUUUAUUGUAUGAAAAAUUAGUAGAAAUUGGUCAAGUGAAUCGAUGGAUUACUACUUCUAUUAUUCACAAUACUGAUCCACAUGUUGGUUGGAUGAAACAACAACAAGAUGAUGAAUCCAUCAUCAUGAAUGAUUGUGCUACUUUUGAUGAGUCGUCAUUAUCAACAACAACAACAACAACGGUCAUGACCACACAUCUUGUUGCAACCAAUAUUAUGGAUACUUUUACAACACUCAAUCAUUCCAAUCCUAUCAUUACUAAUUCCAAUCCUAUCAUUACUAAUGUUAACACUUGUAUGAAUUCUAAUAGUCAUCCAAACAAGGUCAUGACAAGAACUAAUUCUCGAUUAAGAAUGUAUUACUAUUCAUCACAACACUUAUCAGAAAGAUCGAAUCUUUCAUUAGUAGUGAAUUCCACUAGUGUAAAGACUAUUAAGAGGUCGACAAACACCACCACCACAAACACAAAUUCUACUUGCCAUGUUCAUGAUUCAUCAUUACCACCAUUACGAACAAGUACUACUAAAACCACAACAACCAAAAGAACCUUUCAAAUCAAAAAACACUUGAAUUCACCUCAACCACACUCGGCUGACACCAUGCAUGGUGCUUCUCACCACCCUUUACCUGCGUUGAAGAAAGUGAAAACAAAUCCCAGUGAAGAGAAUAAGGACCAUGGUCAAGAGGAGAUUUCAACAAUAUAG